AUGCUGACCCUCAAAGAAGCAGCCGCCACUUCGGUCCUGUCGACCAGGUGGACAAAGUUGUGGAAAUCGUCCGUCACGGUGCUCAACUUCGACGCCGGAGAAGUGUUUCGUGGGAUCGCAUGCCUCAACCCGCCUUACUCGAGCGACGAGGUGCAGGAGAAAAGGCGUUGGUACAUCAACUGGGUGAACGGAGUCUUGAGGCAGCUUCAGGAUGACGAUGGCUCAAUUAGUCCGGUCAUCAGCAAGUUCCGAGUUCAGUUCUUCUUGGAGAAAGAGUGCAACUCGGGUGGGGAUAUGGAUCGAUGGCUCGAGUUCGCGUUGAUAUCGAAGAGAGUCGAGUCCCUGGAGCUCUUCUACUUCACCAACAAUCGUAGUCACCAUUAUGUUUUCCCCGAGGCUUGUUUCGAUCACAUCAAAACUCGGGCAUCCGACAUCAAGCUCCUGAGGUCGCUCAGCUUGGGUUUCGUGGACGUACGAGGAGAGGUUGUCGAGCAUUUUGUUGCCAACUGUCCUUUACUCGAACGGUUGGUUGUGUAUCACUCACAUUCGCUUGUGAAUCUCAGGCUACGACGUAUUCGGGCGCUUAAGUAUUUGGAAGUGAACAGAUGCGAGCCUCUUAGAGUGCUGGAGAUCGGGGAUGCUCCUAAGCUCACUCACUUGCACUACCACGGCGUCGAUGAUCCAACGGAGGAACUGAUGGUGCACGACGACUGUCACCGUCUUGUGGAGUUGACUUUAGGGUUUGAUUUUUGCAGCCCUGAAAUGGCUUUCCGAGCCCUCUCUGCCUAUGUUGGUCGGGUGCGGACGCUUACCCUGAAAAUGCACACGGCAAUUAUGUUUCCUUCGAAUCUGGCUGAACUAACCUGCGUGGAGCGGCUGACAUUGAAAAGUUUUCCUACACAAGGUCACAGAAGCAUCCUUGGCUGGACUACCUUGAUAAAUGCUUGUCCUCGCUUGCACACAUUGAGAGUUUUGGUGGUUACGACCAUGUCGCAAGAGAAAAGUCGUCUCUUACGGGAGCCUGCUGUGGUGAAUAAAGUGAAAAGGACGAGCAUCAAAGAGGUGGAGAUCGUUGGGUUCAAUGGGUUCGACCUCGAUUGUGAGUUUGUUGAGUAUGCUUUCGAGUAUUUCAUCGGGCUGGAGAGAUUUGCUAUUGAUAGAGGUUUGACCAUACCUGAUUUUUGUGGAGUUCACAAUUGGUUUUGCACAGAAGAACAAGCUCAUAUAGCCAAAGAGCGUGCACUGGAAUUCAAAACAAGAACGCCUCCAACUCUGCUUGAAUUUGUCAUAAUCUGA